AGGUGCAAAGCGCUUGCCUGACAGUCCUAAACAAUGAGAGGGGAGUGUGCGGGAGGAGGGAAGCAGGGGCAGGAGGAAGCCUCCAGCACCCAACCAAGCCAAGCCGCAGCCGCGGCAGCUUCAGCAGGCAACCCACACAGGCAUCACAACCACACAGUCACACCCCAGAUAUCAUUUCAGAUUAGGAGGCGAAAGGGGAGAGAGCGAGCGCUGCGGCGGAGAUAGCCUUUCCCCCCUUUUAAAAAGUGUAAAUAAUGCCUUGCUGGCCCCCAAUGAGGCGUUCCUUCCCGACUUUUUUGGAUCAAUCAAACAGACAGUGGCUUCUUUUGAUUAAAGCCCAAAUUGUCAUUGGGCAGAGGCAAUCAUGUGACAGCCAAUUCGGUCCAAUUUCAACCUUGUCUCCAUGAAUUCAAUAGUUUAAUAGUAGCACGGUCCCCAUACGGCUGUAAUCAGUGAAUUAGAAAAAAAACACCCCACCAGCGAUCUUCUAUGAUAUUUUUUUCCUUUUCUCUCUCUCUCCCUCUUUCUUUCUCUCGCUCGCUUUUUUCUCUCCCCCCCCUUUUUCCUGGGCCCUGCUCCCCCCUCCCCCUCCCAGAAGCGCUAAAUAAGAGGGAACUUUUUCUCCAAGGGGGCUGCGAGUUGAAGGCCAUGAAUUUCGAAUUUGAGCGAGAGAUUGGUUUUAUCAAUAGUCAGCCAUCGCUCGCUGAGUGCCUGACAUCUUUUCCCCCUGUCGGUGAUACAUUUCAAAGUUCAUCAAUCAAGAACUCGACGCUUUCACACUCGACACUGAUUCCUCCUCCUUUUGAGCAGACCAUCCCCAGCCUGAACCCAGGCAGCCACCCUCGCCACAGCAGCAGCAGCCGCCCCAAGCACAGCCCCAAUGGCAGCAGCGGCAGCCCAGUGCCAGCCGGCGCCCUCCAGCCUCCGGAAUACCCCUGGAUGAAAGAGAAAAAAGCUUCCAAGAAAACUGUCCUGCCGCCUGCUUCGGCCUCCGCCACGGGACCAGCUUGCCUGAGCCACAAAGCAGAAUCUCUUGAGCUCUCAGAAAAUGGGACCGGAGGCUCCAGAAGGUUGAGGACUGCUUAUACCAACACGCAGCUCUUGGAGCUGGAAAAGGAAUUCCAUUUCAACAAGUACCUCUGUAGACCAAGGAGGGUGGAGAUCGCCGCUCUCCUGGAUCUGACCGAGAGGCAAGUCAAAGUCUGGUUUCAAAACAGGAGGAUGAAGCACAAGAGACAGACCCAGUGCAAAGAGAACCAGAACAGUGAAGGGAAAUUUAAAGGCUUAGAGGAUCCCGAAAAAGCAGAAGAGGAGGAGGAGGAGGAGGAAGAAGAAGAGGAGGAGGAUAAAUCCCUCUUUGAGCAAGCCCUCAACAAUGUCUCAGGCGCUCUUUUGGAAAGGGAAGGCUACACUUUUCAACAGAAUGCACUAGCGCAACAGCAGGCUCCCAACGUCCACAAUGGAGAGUCCCAAAGUUUCCCAGUUUCGCCUUUAACGAGCAAUGAGAAAAAUCUGAAACAUUUUCAGCAUCAGACACCCACUGUUCCCAACUGCCUGUCAACAAUGGCCCAGAACUGUGCAGCUGGCCUGAACAAUGACAGUCCUGAGGCCCUGGAUGUCCCUUCUUUGCAGGACUUCAGCGUUUUCUCCGCAGAUUCCUGCCUACAGCUCUCCGACGCCGUCUCCCCCAGUUUGCCCGGAUCCCUGGACAGUCCUGUAGAUAUCUCAGCUGACAGCUUUGACUUUUUUACAGACACACUCACCACAAUUGACUUGCAGCAUCUGAAUUACUGAAAAAUGACCGACCAUCUUUCACCAAGGGUUAUGCUUUUUCUUUUCCUGUUGUUUUGGGGGUGGUGUUGGAGGGGGGGGAAUUACUUGAUUUAAUUUCUUUCCCUUUUCCUGGUCAGUAUUUUCUGUUUAUUCUUUCCUUCUUGAUGUGUUGGAGAGCCAUUUUGCCGUUUUCCUAUGACAUUUUAGUUGUGUUCAAUCUAACCUAGCCACAUUCUAGGUCCUUCGAUGAAAGCAAUAUAUAAGGCCUGUAAGAAAGUGAUCAUAUCAGAUUGUAUCUUCACUUUCUUUUUAUUUUUGUAUUACAUUAGGAUGCGUUGUCAUAAGUAUUUUUGGUAGAAUAAAUUCUUGUUUGCUACAAGCACCUUCCUUCUCUC